AUGGCCUCCGUCGUCACUCCGACCACACCACCAGUAGACCAGGCUACAAUCCUACUCAUCGGGCCUUUCGUAUGUGGCAGCUUCUCUGCUGCGUACCGGGAGGGAAGACUCACUAGGAUCAUGGCUGACAUCGCAACCGAUGCAGUCGCGCUCUGGGUUCAGGCUUUCUAUGCGUGGAGAAUCUGGGAGCUCAGCAAAUGGAAGAUAGUGCCUAGCCUGAUCAUCUUUCUCAUCCGAGGACCUGGGUCGGUACCAAAGACCGCUGUCGGCCAGGCUAUUGCGGCUUGGAUCAUCUCAUUGAAUUUCUUCAAACUCAAUGAUGUACUCAAACUGCACGAGCCUUUGCUCAACGCAUCCAACAUUGUCUGGCUUGGCGGAAGUGCCUUCACUGACGUCCUAAUCAUGGUCGUAAUGCUCUACUUGCUGUACACCGUCAGAAAAGAGUCCGCACGGUUCGAGCGCAGCGAGUUCAUCAUCCGCAGGCUGGUUCGUCUCACCGUCGAAACCGGACUCGCAUGCGCAGUCACGGCCGUCGUCGUCCUCAUCCUCUUCCUCGCGUACCCCACGACCAACCUCACCAUCGUCUUCUCGCUUACGUUAAGCAAAGUCUACUCCAACACGCUCAUGACCUCGCUCAACUCGCGCGCGAACAUUGCGGCGGCCCGGCGCACCACGCAGGCCAUGUCCAGCCAACACCACCACAGCGGAGAUCGCGGACCCACCUUUUCUAAACGCGGCGAGACGGAUUCCGCCGUUGCGAGGCAGAGCAACGGCGUGGAGGUCCACAUCUCGCGCGUCACGGAGUUCGACCACCGUGCUUCGACGGACAAGCUCCCGUCGAGCUGGGAAACCGACAUCGAGAUGCAAGGAAUGAAUGGGCCCCCGCCGAUGCCCCCGAUGUCCCCGGGGAAGAAGGUUGGCCUGGUGAAGGGCCUCUAG